AUGUUUUUUCAAAAAAAUCCAGAUUCCUUAUCGAUAAGAAACUUCCAUAUCAGCACGAGUUCAGGUGUUCAAGAUAGCCCAAUUGCUUAUGGGCCAGGCUCGAUUAUUAAUGGUAAAAAACAAAAGAUUAAUCUGAAACCAUCCGGGGAAGAAAUGCUGUCAUUAUCAGAUGGAGUGGUGUAUCAACUAAAAACAAAUUCCAUAGGUUCAUUGAUGAUAACACUAGAUAAACCUAUCUUGGAAUCUUAUAGUAGCAUCCGUGUUGUCUUCAAAUGCAUUGAAGAAAGUGCCAAAAAUAAUUCUACCGUUUUGUUUUCUGUAGCCACGACUCUCUGCAGCAUUACUAAUCAAAACGGAGGUCGUGCUGGUGAUAGUGCGGUACUUUUAUCAAAGGGUAGUCAUAUGUUCUUAUUUGCUAUUCGACUACCCCAGGUAAACUAUCCGCCCUCAAUGCACCAUUCAAUUUUCGGCCGCCGUAUAAAUUAUACAUUGACAGGAGUCAUAGAGCCGGCUUCAGCAGCAACCAAACCUAUUUUUACAGAGACUGUGCCUAUCUUAUACUUGCCUUUAAUUGUUUGUGACAAUAAUACAUCCUAUGUUACGCAACAACGACGUACUUUUGAGAAUAAUGGUAAAAAAAUCAAAGUAACGGCAGAGUUAGUCAAGGCUUCCUAUUGUCCUGGCGAUGUUUGUACGGUCAAAAUGAUGAUAAACAAUAUGUCUCGCGCUACCAAAAUUAAACAUGUCCAAAUUUCGUUUGUUGAAAUCAUGUCAACUCUUACACCCUCACUCGACCAAAUGCAACACCAACGCCAUACCCUCUUCUCUGACACUUUUUACUUGACUUUUCCUAGCAAUAGUAAAGACAUCAAUGAGGGCCAUCAUGAUAUUUUUAAAUUCGAUUUACCGCGUUAUAUUGUACCUACAUUCACGAGUAACAUGGUAGGAAGACAUCUGGAGAUAAAGUAUGAAGUCGUUAUCACUAUUCCUGCUUUAAAUCAACAGUCGUCGCUUCAUUUCUUUACCCCCAAUAACACUGUGAGCGGCAGUGAUCAACAUGGUGCAGGUAUUGCUGCUGCUGCCGCUGCCUCGCUCAUCAAACUACCCGUCAAAAUUACCACUGUGCCACCGGAGUUUCCAAUAGGUGUCACUAUUGCAACAGAAGAAGGUACAAUAGCAGCGACUGAAGCGGCAAUGUCGACGGAUGAAGUUGAACUGCCUACGUUUAUACCUAACAUCGAAUCGCCUGUACCAAGUCCUGUCAACUAUCCUACAUUGGACCGUCCUUAUUCUGUUUCGCCUUCCAAUUCAUUCCGAUUGAACGAUGAUGAGGUGGAUAUGGAUGAGGACGAUAAUACUCUUUUCAGUGGUCGUAAUGGUACAAUAAAUUACGAUAGCUCAAUUCAAGAUGCAAGCGGACACUUAAUGGUACCUGAAAUUGGUAGUGGGAGCAGAAGACCAAGCAAUCCUGCCAAUACGACAACGAAUACUGAACCUACUACUGUUUCUUAA